AUGGUUGCGCCCGCUGUUCCUGACGCACUAUCUAGAAUCCACGAGGAGGAUGAGAUCUAUGUUGCGGUCGAUGCGCGCACAGAAUCCUUGCAGAGCUUGCGAGAACUAGGCCCCCCAGAUCUGGUUUAUUUGGUCAAGCAACCCAAGGCCAAUUCGACUCGUCAGACCGGCGUUUAUCAUCAUGUCACCGGAAUUGAUGCUUCUUCGUCCGCUAGCUUAGCCGCCUACGUUAACACCCUCACAUUCUCUCCUCUCGAUAAAACACAUAAAGUGGUAUCGGGCAUAUACUGUUGCUACAAUGCAUUCUCCCACCUCGAUAUGCGCGUUGAAGUCAAAAUCCCCGGAAGUUUGGAGAGCUACUGCAUUGAUGAACGGGGCGACAAGCGGGUUGCCACUGAAGCUCUUUGGCUCGAAACUUUCCUCUGCUCCGUUCUGAGAGCCUAUCACUAUGCGGACGAUGGAAGCGGUGAUGCUGUCAAGAGAAUCGUCGGAGUUCGACGAUUCAACCCCGUGACAAACACAGAGAUGGAGCACAAGUUCCUGGAUGCUGCUGAGAAACUUUUCUUCCUCGGACGUCAAUUGAGCUCCGACCCCGAAACACAAGUCCCCAACACCGUGAGCAACCACCUCACAUCCGGAAUUCUCAAAUACAUUCGUACUACCGGCCGCUACACAUCUGGAAUCAAUUUGUUUGAGAAACUCCGCACCAGGGACGUGGAAGUUUCAUCGCUCCUCGCUCGCGUACAGAUAAUGGCAGAUGAGGAGGUGCAAGCAGUGCGCUUAAUGUAUGAUGCUUUGCAAGAUGUGCCGAUGGACUAUGCUCUGCUUGAUUGCCAAGCAUCGUUCUGUCAGAGCAAGGGCGAAGGUGACAUGGCGCUUGAAUGCGCCAAGCGCGCAGUGACUGCGGCUCCCAGUGAGUUUAGCACAUGGGCUCGCCUUGCUGAGGUCUACGUCAGCAUGGAAAAAUGGGACCUGGCACUUCUGACUCUGAACUCCUGUCCCAUGUUCACAUAUCAAGACAAAGACACUCCUCGCAUGCCCCAACCCUCGCGAAUUAUGCUCCCAAUCCUUGCUGAAAGCAUUCUCGAUGAACUCGACGAAGGCCAGCCAAAGCAGGGAGACCCGCACGACUAUGUCCACCCUUCUCUGCGCAAGAUCCAUGCCGCUAACUACCAAGGUACAUUCUUGAAGGCUUACAACCUGCUGACAAAGAUCGCUGCUACCAUUGGCUGGGAUCAACUCUUGAAGGCCCGUAGUGAGGUAUUUGUCAUGGAAGAGGAGUACCGGGUUGAGCGGAAACAAGUUCACAAGCCUGCGCAAUCCCUAGGAGCAGAGACGAACGGAAACAGCCUUGAGACUGAAGAUGACUCUGGCUCCCUGGCUGGAACCCACAAUGGAGAUGCGACUAAUCACGCGCAAAGCCCCCUCGAGCGACCGGAACAAACAGUGGCCUCCGAGGUUGCAAAAUCUGGAAAUGAGGAUCCUGAUCCGUCUCACAGCUCAUAUACACAAUUCCACAACAAGCGUCUUUGUGAAAGAUGGCUAGACAACCUGUUCAUGGUCUUGUUUGAGGACCUUCGCAUCUAUACUAUCUGGAGAACCGAAAUGGCCCAGUAUCAUCAGCAAGCAAUGGAGUACAAGAAGUCUGCCACUGAGUGGGAGAUUCUUGGCGAGCUCGCUCAGCGACUCCACCAUUUCGAUGAGAGCAUCGAGGCAUAUCAAAACUGUCUUGCGGCUCGAUUUUCGCCCAAGGCCAUGCGUGGUGUCCUGAAACUCUACGAGCAGCGAAAUGACACCCGAGGCAUGCUCGGCGCGUUGAUCCGUCUAAUCGCCUGGCAAUAUCGUUGGUACUCGGAGUUCUCUCCUGAGCUCUUGUUCUUGGUUCGCAAGCUGAUUGAAGAAGAGGGCGCCGUGAAGGUCCGCAGCAUUGUUCAAGCGACGAACUUGCCUCAAGCUGUCCUAGAUCUCACACACCAGUACUGCCAACUGUGUGCGACUUUCCGCAGCAGUGGCAGCGAUACUUAA